GAGCGGUGGUUGGGGUUGGUAUGGCGGCGCCCCUUGCUCCGCGCCGGGGAGCUGGUGCUGCCAGCCAGCGUUGGUUGGCUUUGCUGCCGCUGCUGCUGCUGGCGCGGCCCGCAGGGGCCCUGUUGGAGGGGCUCUAUUGCGGCACCCGCGACUGCUACGAGGUGCUGGGGGUAAGCCGCACGGCGGGAAAGGCGGAAAUUGCGCGGGCCUACCGCCAGCUGGCCCGGCGCUAUCAUCCCGACCGCUACCGGCCCGAGCCCGGCGACGAGGGCCUCGGGCGGACGCCGCAGAGCGCCGAGGAGGCCUUCCUGCUGGUGGCGACCGCCUACGAGACUCUCAAGGAUGAAGACACACGGAAAGAUUAUGACUACCUGCUGGAUCAUCCAGAAGAGUACUACAGCCAUUACUACCACUACUAUCGCAGGCGGUUAGCCCCAAAAGUGGAUGUGAGAGUUGUGAUUUUGGUCAGUGUUUGUGCUAUUUCAGUGUUUCAGUUUUUCAGCUGGUGGAAUAGCUAUAACAAGGCAAUCAGCUACCUAGCCACAGUGCCCAAGUACCGUAUCCAAGCUACAGAAAUUGCCAAGCAGCAGGGAUUGCUUAAAAAAGCCAAAGAAAAAGGCAGAAGCAAAAAGUCCAAAGAAGAAAUCCGUGACGAGGAGGAGAAUAUCAUAAAGAACAUUAUAAAGAGUAAGAUAGACAUAAAGGGAGGCUAUCAGAAACCCCAGAUCCGUGAUCUUCUCCUGUUUCAAAUUAUCUUGGCUCCUUUUCACCUGUGCUCAUAUGUACUCUGGUAUUGCCGGUGGAUCUAUAAUUUCAACAUCAAAGGCAAAGAAUAUGGAGAGGAAGAGAGAUUGUAUAUCAUACGUAAGUCUAUGAAGAUGUCAAAGUCUCAGUUUGACAGUCUAGAGGAUCAUCAGAAAGAAACUUUUCUUAAACGUGAGCUCUGGAUAAAGGAGAAUUAUGAGGUCUACAAACAAGAACAAGAGGAAGAACUAAAGAAAAAAUUGGCCAGUGACCCUAGAUGGAAGAGAUACAGGAGAUGGAUGAAGAACGAAGGGCCUGGGCGGUUAACAUUUGUGGAUGACUGAAUCUGACCGGAACCCAGGACGCCAAACCACAGUUGUGAUAGUAUUUUCGAAACUGAAUUAUUUUAGAGAUGUAUCUGUUGCUCUCAGCAGUAACUACAGUUCUUCAAGUAUUUGAUUAAACCGAAUAAUGUGGAAAUUUAAACUUUUCCUUAAAACUUUCUACAUGAGACAUUUACUAUUAUUCAAUUUUUAUAAUCUAUUGUGGGUUUUGUUAAAAGAUUUGACAUGAAGAUUUAGUUAUUGCCAUUUAAAUUUUUAUAUGUUUAGUUAAAAGAGUUGACGUGAAAAUUUAUUAGAUGCCAUUUAAAAUUUU